AUGCGUGCUACAUGCAGACUACUUCAAACCUGUAGGAUCACGCUAUUCACACGUGAAAACUGUGGACUUUGUACCAAAGCCAGAUCUGUUCUCUCCGACGUUUGGGAUUCUCGGCCAUUUCAAUUCAAAGAGAUUGAUAUCAUCAAGUCAGAUGUUAAGCCUAGCUGGCGAGAUCUCUAUGAGUUUGAUGUCCCCGUGAUUCACAUUAGCAAGUCUUCGACCCCAGAGGAACAUCCGCAGUCCGCCUCGAAAGCAAUCAAACUCAUGCACCGGUUCACUACUGACCAAGUAAAAGACAAAAUGGAUCUUGCCGAGAAAGCAUAG